CUGUUAGUCUUUAAGGUGCCACCGGACUCCUUGUUGUUUUUGUGGAUACAGACUAACACGGCUACCCCUUGAUAACUUAAAAUGCAGUGUCCACGUAUGUGGACACUCAGGCAGAGGUGGCCUUAGUUCACUUUAGCUUAAUCCUUUAAUUCAGUUUAGUGUUUCUGAGUGUUCCUGAGCAUUCCUGCCCUUAAACUGUUGGUUCCACAUGUCAGACAGUGAUUAACUCAGAGAAACUAAGCCCUCUUAAUGGCUGAUCUUGAACUUAAAUGGUAAAUUUCUAUACAGGAGAAAAAGGAAUGGAAAUCCUUCCAGAUGCAGCUUCUCUGGCAACAAAGCUGAAAAAUACUCUAAUCCAGUACCACAGCAUUGAAGAUGGUGAAUGGCGAAUUGCUAAGAAAACGAAAGAUGCAACUGUGUGGCGGAAGCCAUCAGAAGAAUUCAGUGGAUACCUCUACAAAGCUCAAGGAGUUGUGGAAGACAUUACCAACAGAGUAGUAGAUCAUAUUCGACCUGGACCUUAUAGACUAGAUUGGGACAGCUUAAUGACUACAAUGGACAUUGUUGAAAAGUUUGAAGAGAAUUGCUGUGUAAUGCGCUACACCACUGCUGGCCAGCUGUGGAACAUCAUUUCCCCAAGAGAGUUUGUUGACUUCUCUUACACAACUCCGUAUGAAGAGGGGCUUCUAACAUGUGGAAUAAGUCUAGACUAUGGAGAGGUGAGACCUAAUUUUGUCCGUGGAUUUAAUCACCCCUGUGGCUGGUUCUGUGUCCCGCUUAAGGAUCGUCCUGACCAAAGUCUUUUGACGGGCUUCAUCCAGACUGAACUGCGAGGGAUGCUUCCUCAGUCUGCAGUAGAUACUGCUAUGGCUAGUACCCUGGCAAACUUUUACUCUGACCUCAGAAAGGCACUGAAAACAUAAUCAACUAUUGACCUAGAUUUCCAUACAUGCCUUGCAAUCAUCUGUUCCUCCUUCCUGUAUUGUAUCAAAGCUUUGAUUAGGUUAGCAGGUGCUGCCUAGGGGGUAUGCAUACAUCCCUGGCUUAACAUGUGGGUUUGUGUUCCUUGCUGAGCUCUGAAAAUGUAUAAUGCACAGACUGAACAUACAAAAUCAUCUGCUUCCAAGGAAGAUAGCUCAGAAUUGGGGCUCAACCCUGGUAAAUAUCAAGUUAACUCAACUCUCACUGAAACAAGGGGAGUGGAGGAGUACUCAUUAUUUUGCAAGUUCAGACCAGCUGUGCUGCCAGCAUCUUAUUGAAAAUAGAAUUUUAUAGUGUAUACCUUUUUAUUUUUAAGGAUCUCCUUUAAAAGAUUGAGAAAGAUACAGUCUGUAUGUGUAUAUUUCUAUUUUUUAUACAUUUUAGUUUAAUCCAAAAUGAGAUUUUAACAGUCUUUAUUAAGGCUCAGAGUGGAAUUCUCCAAAGGGAUAUUAAAUUGCAUAUUAUCACUUAAAAAAUGAGCUAUUAUUUGAGAACUAAAGAUUGACAUUAGCAAAUACCUAUGUUAUUGGCAUUUCCUAAAUAUUAGUCUUAUCUAUCACUGGAACACUUCUUAAAUUCAGUAGUUAUGUUUAGAUACUAAAUAUUUAGUAGGAAUGCAUUUAUAGCUGCUCAGAGCCUAUUGAAGUCAACAGGAGUCUUUCCGUUGUUUUUAUUAGUGAUGGAUCAGGCCCACAUUAAUCAAGCACAAAACCCCAAGACAUCCAUCCAUUAUUCCUUCGUGCAACUUAGCUUUUAAAAGCAGAAAUGUAUUUAUGUAUCUAAACCUGUAUCUACUGUAGAUUGGGUUUUAUUGGUUACUAUUGGAAACCCUAACCCAUUUUUUCCCCCACAGUUCAAUUAAAA